AUGAGCUUUAUUCAAAAUGAUGGUUAUUAUGAAUACAAAUUUCAAUGUGAUCAAUAUUGUAUUGAUUUUUAAGAAGGAAUUUGUUAUGAAUGCUUAUAAGGAAUGCAUUAAAUCAAUUACAUUUGCUAAACAGAUUUUGGAGAUGGAUUUCAUUUAUAACCAUUUGAAUAACGUGAUGAUGGAAAUAAAGAAAGUGGUGAUGGUUGUGAUUUCUAAUGCAAUAUUGAAAAAGAUUGGCUAUGUAUCACUAAUCUAAAUUUUAUUUCUGUUUGUUUAAUCUCAAAAUAACUUGAUUUUACUAUUACUGUCUUAACACCUAAUCCUCAUGAAACAUUUGAUAUUUAAAUUUAAUUCAGUUAACAAAUAGGAAAAUUCUAGUAUUUAGUAGAUUAAAUCUGA